AUGAGGAUUGAAGAGAAUGCAGGAGAGCAAGAGAAACUCUUGGAACAAGCCACAUUGAUUGUGAAAAAAGAAUCGUUUGAAAUGAAAAGAUGUCUCGAUAAGAAUCAAGUAAUGGAUGCUUUAAAACAUGCAGUAACGUUUUUAAAUGAAUUGAAGACCAACGAUUUGUCACCCAAGUUUUAUUAUAAACUCUAUAUGGACGCUGUGGGGGAACUCUUACACCUCGAAACAUUCCUUGUUGAUGAGUAUCAACGAGAUAAAAAUAAAAUUCUUAACUUAUAUGAGUUUGUGCAAUAUGUAAUGUCCAUUGUACCACGCAUGUACUUAUUAAUCACGAUCGGUGUUGUAUAUAUUAAAUGCGGUGAAGGUUCUCGGCGAGAGAUUUUAGCCGAUAUUGUAGAGAUGUGCAGAGGAGUCCAGCAUCCAUUAAGAGGAUUGUUUUUAAGAAACUAUUUGUUACAAUCCACGCGCUCUUUGUUACCUGAUGUUGCAGAGGAGGACAUAGAAAAAGUAGUUAUUGUCGACGAAAACUCUGAUCCUAAUCGAGACUUUGUUGAGACGGCUUGGACCAGCACCGAGAAUGGAACCGUUAAAGAUGCCAUUCAGUUCAUUCUGCUUAACUUUGCCGAAAUGAACAAAUUGUGGGUUCGCAUGCAGCAUCAAGGCCCGUCAAGAGAAAGAGAGAAAAGAGAGAGAGAAAGAAUGGAGCUAAGAAUUCUCGUCGGAACUAAUCUAGUGAGAUUAUCUCAACUAGAGAACAUCACUGAGGAGUUGUAUGUAAAUGAAGUUUUACCAAGCAUUUUGGAACAAGUUGUUUCCUGUAAAGAUUUUAUUUCCCAGGAGUAUUUAAUGGAGUGUGUCAUUCAAGUUUUUGCUGAUGAGUUUCAUUUGGCCACCCUUCGUGAUUUCCUUAACGCCUGUGGGGAACUAUCACUCGACGUAAAUGUCAAAAACGUUUUAAUCGCUUUAAUUGAGCGUUUAGCACUAUUUGCUGCUACCCCCGAAGGUCAUGGAGUUGCCGAGAAGGUUGCAUUGUUUGAGAUAUUCUCGGAACAAGCUAAAGAGCUGAUUCAUACUCGGGAAAAUAUGGCUUUGGAGAACAUCAUCUCCCUUCAUGGCUCUCUGAUAAGCUUAGCAAUCAAGUGCUACCGAAGUAAUUUGGAGUAUGCGAGUGUAACUCUCGCUGGUCUGCGUGCUAUUUUUGAGGAGAAAGGAAUCAACUCAAUCAAAGCAUUUGGUACUAAUAUGGGAAGAGAAUUGCUGAAGUUACUGUAUAUCCCUAUUGACGAUUACAAAAACGCUCUUGAAGUAGCCAAGCUUACCGAUUUUCAAGCGCUUAUGGAUGUUUUUGACUACAGAGGGCGAUGUGUCACGGCCUCGUAUAUCAUCCAGAAUAUGCUUGAUAACGAUACAAUAAUUGAAACCGAAGAAGAACUACAAACUAUAUGUGGCAUUUUGGAUUCUCUACUUGUAAAUCAAAAGGAUCAGCCGGCAGAUGCUGAGCAAUCUGAGGAUUUCGAGGAUGAACAGCAUUUGGUUGCCCGACUCAUUCAUCAAAUUCGUGGAAAGUCAUUAGAUGAGCAAUUCUUGCUUUUGAAUACCACGAGAAAGACUAUGGGCACAGGAGGUAAACAUAGAAUCAAGUCUACGCUCCCGCCAAUUGUUUUCGCUCUUUUCAAACUCAUUUUACAGUAUUCGAGUGACAAAGAUGAGGAGCAAUGGGAAGCGAAGGUGAAGAAAAUGUUCAUGUGUGCCAUGGGUACAAUUGGAGCUCUCAUGCAAACAGCUGAACUCUCAGAACUUCCAUUGAAGCUAUAUUUGGAGGGUGCUGUUGUGGCAGAUCGAGCAAAGUUCUCUGAAAAUGUUACUGUAGCAUACGAAUUCUUAUCAAAAGCUUUAUCAAUCUUGGAAGAUGAUAUCGCCGAUUCUCGAGAUAGAAUCAGAUGCAUUAGCCUCAUUACUGGUUCCCUGCUUGAGAUUUCUUGUCUCUCCAUGGAUAACUAUGUAACUCUGUCCAAUCAAGUUUAUCUCGCCGCCUCACGCUUGUUCAAAAAGCCUGAUCAAGUACGUGCUAUGUGCUCUACGGCUAUUCUGUUUUGGUCGGGCAAGGCCGACUAUGGAGAGCCUAUCAAGAAUGGAGCAAAAGUUGCUGAUAUUUUGAAGAAAGCGGUUAAGAUCUCAACUCAAUGUAUGGAGCCGUUGGUACAGCAACAGCUGUUGAUCCAUAUCUUGGACACGUACAUCUUCUACUUUAGAGAGAACUGCGAAGAGAUUGAAGAAAGCUAUAUUGCCGAGAUUAUACAAAAGACGAAAGAGAACUCCGUUCAGUUGGAUGUCUCUGCUGACGCAGACGCUGUAGAGAAACAUUUCGCUUCAAUCCUUUAUUGCAUUAAAAAUGACGACAGUCUGAAACCAUCUCUUGCCGAAGCUCUCAAAAUUUAA